GAGCGGGAGCGCCGCCGCCGAGGACCAUGAGGAAAUUUAACAUCAGGAAGGUGCUGGACGGCCUGACGGCGGUCUCUGCCGUCGCCUCGGCGUCGUCCGCCGCGCAGCAGCAGCAGGCGGGGAACCGGGAGACCGAAAUCCAGGAGACGCUCCAGUCCGAGCACUUUCAGCUCUGCAAGACUGUACGCCAUGGUUUCCCCUAUCAACCUUCAGCCUUGGCAUUUGAUCCGGUUCAGAAAAUACUGGCCAUUGGGACUCAGACUGGAGCACUAAGGCUCUUUGGUCGGCCAGGAGUUGAAUGCUACUGUCAACAUGACAGUGGAGCUGCAGUAAUCCAACUUCAGUUCCUGAUUAAUGAGGGAGCUCUUGUGAGUGCCUUGGCUGAUGACACCUUACACCUGUGGAACUUGCGCCAGAAGAGACCAGCUAUACUUCAUUCACUCAAAUUUAACCGGGAACGGAUAACAUUUUGUCACCUGCCUUUCCAAAGCAAAUGGCUGUAUGUGGGCACCGAAAGAGGAAACAUUCACAUUGUCAAUGUGGAAUCAUUUACUCUCUCAGGCUAUGUCAUCAUGUGGAAUAAAGCCAUUGAACUGUCAUCCAAAUCUCACCCAGGACCUGUUGUCCACAUUAGUGACAAUCCAAUGGAUGAAGGAAAGCUUCUGAUUGGCUUUGAAUCUGGGACAGUGGUAUUAUGGGACCUGAAGUCAAAGAAAGCAGAUUACAGAUAUACACAUGAUGAGGCUAUCCACUCUGUGGCUUGGCAUCAUGAAGGAAAACAAUUCAUUUGUAGUCACUCAGAUGGUACCUUGACCAUAUGGAAUGUAAAAUCUCCUACCAAACCAUUCCAGACAAUCACUCCACACGGGAAGCAGCUAAAGGAUGGAAAGAAGCCAGAACCCUGCAAACCUAUCCUUAAGGUGGAAUAUAAAACAACUAGAGCUGGGGAGCCUUUCAUCAUUCUCUCAGGAGGCUUGUCGUAUGACACUGUAGGAAGAAGACCAUGUUUAACAGUCAUGCAUGGGAAAAGUACUGCUGUGCUAGAAAUGGAUUAUUCUAUUGUUGACUUUCUAACCCUGUGUGAAACACCAUAUCCUAAUGACUUUCAGGAACCAUAUGCUGUAGUUGUUCUCCUAGAAAAGGACUUAGUACUGAUUGACCUUGCACAAAAUGGGUAUCCUAUAUUUGAGAAUCCCUAUCCUUUGACUAUACAUGAGUCUCCAGUUACCUGUUGUGAGUAUUUUGCUGACUGUCCUGCGGAUCUCAUACCUGCAUUCUAUUCAGUUGGUGUUCAACAGAAACGUCAGGGUUACAGUAAGAAGGAAUGGCCUAUCAGUGGAGGCAACUGGGGUUUGAUCACACGGAGCUAUCCAGAGAUAAUUAUUACAGGGCAUGCUGAUGGAUCAAUCAAGUUUUGGGAUGCAUCAGCAAUAACGCUGCAAGUACUCUAUAAGCUAAAAACAGCCAAAGUAUUUGAAAAAUCACGGAAUAAAGAUGACAGGCCAAACACAGAUAUAGUAGAUGAAGAUCCAUAUGCUAUUCAGAUCAUCUCAUGGUGUCCAGAAAGUAGAAUGCUGUGCAUAGCUGGAGUUUCUGCACAUGUCAUUAUUUACAGGUUCAGCAAGCAGGAAGUGACAACGGAAGUCAUUCCGAUGCUGGAAGUACGUCUCCUAUAUGAAAUAAAUGAUGUUGAAACUCCAGAUGGUGAGCAGGUGCCACCUGUACCAACUCCAGGCACAGGUUCCAAUCCUCAAUCCAUUAUUCCCCAGUCUCAUCCAUCUACCAGUAGCAGUUCAUCUGAUGGACUUCGUGAUAAUGUCCCAUGUUUAAAAGUUAAAAAUUCUCCUCUCAAGCAGUCUCCAGGCUACCAAAUUGAGCUCGUUAUCCAGCUGGUGUGGGUGAGUGGAGAACCUCCUCAACAGAUAACCAGCUUAGCUGUCAACUCAGCGUAUGGCCUAGUAGUUUUUGGAAACUGUAAUGGUAUUGCCAUGGUUGAUUAUCUCCAGAAGACAGUGCUCUUGAAUCUAGGCACUAUUGAACUGUAUGGCUCCAAUGAUCCCUAUCGUAGGGAGCCACGAUCUCCCCGAAAAACUCGGCAACCAUCCGGAGCAGGUCUUUGUGAUAUAAAUGAAGGUACAGUGGUGCCAGAAGACCGCUGCAAGUCACCCACAUCAGGUUCUGGUUCACCAAACAAUUCUGAUGAUGAACAAAAAAUGAAUAAUUUUAUAGAAAAGGUGAAGACCAAAAGCAGAAAGUUUUCCAAGAUGGUAACCAAUGACAUAGCAAAGAUGUCCAGGAAGCUAAGUUUGCCAACUGAGUUAAAGCCUGAUUUAGAUGUCAAAGACAACUCUUUCAGUCGAUCCCGGAGUUCUAGUGUAACUAGCAUUGAUAAAGAGUCACGUGAGGCAAUUUCAGCUCUUCAUUUCUGUGAGACGUUCACAAGAAAGGCUGAUACAUCACCUUCCCCUUGCCUGUGGGUUGGGACCACACUGGGUACAGUGCUUGUCAUUGUACUGAACUUACCCCCAGGAGGAGAGCAAAGACUUCUUCAGCCAGUAAUUGUUUCUCCUAGUGGAACCAUCCUGAGGCUAAAAGGUGCAAUCUUGAGAAUGGCUUUUUUGGACACCACAGGAUCUUUGGUCCCACCAGCGCAUGAACCCUGGAGAGAACACAAUGUUCCUGAAGAUAAAGAUGAAAAAACGAAAAAGCGACGACCUGUCUCAGUGUCCCCUUCUUCCUCUCAGGAAAUCAGUGAAAACCAAUAUGCAGUGAUAUGUUCAGAGAAGCAAGCAAAAGUUAUCUCACUGCCAUCCCAGAACUGUAUUUAUAAGCAAAAUAUAACAGAGACUUCUUUUGUUCUUCGUGGAGACAUAGUGUCAUUGAGUAACAGUAUCUGCCUUGCAUGUUUCUGUGCCAAUGGACAUAUUAUGACUUUUAGUUUGCCAAGUUUAAGGCCAUUGUUGGAUGUAUAUUACCUGCCACUCACCAAUAUGAGGAUAGCCAGAACAUUCUGCUUCACCAAUAAUGGACAAGCACUCUAUCUUGUCUCACCAACUGAAAUACAGAGGCUCACCUACAGCCAGGAAACAUGUGAAAAUCUUCAGGAAAUGUUGGGUGAGCUCUUCACUCCAGUAGAAACACCAGAAGCACCAAACAGGGGGUUCUUUAAAGGCCUGUUCGGAGGUGGGGCACAGUCACUUGACAGAGAAGAACUCUUUGGAGAAUCAGCAUCUGGGAAGGCAUCAAGGAGUCUUGCCCAGCAUAUUCCAGGACCUGGGGGUAUCGAAGGUGUCAAAGGAGCAGCAUCCGGUGUAGUUGGUGAACUGGCACGAGCCCGGUUGGCACUGGAUGAAAGAGGACAGAAACUGGGAGAACUGGAAGAAAAAACUGCAGCUAUGCUUUACAGUGCUGAUUCUUUCUCAAAACACGCUCAUGAGAUGAUGUUGAAGUACAAAGACAAGAAGUGGUACCAAUUCUGAUGACUCUCAUCAAUCACAUCUGUUUAAUUUUGUCCUGAUGAAAAAAAAAAUCUUGUUUUUUCCAUUAAUUUUGGCAGGACCAGUGAAAUUUAAAGGAGUAUUCACCAUUGGAUAUGGUUGUUUCCUAGCACAAAUGACACACUGUUUUACCUCAGUCCUGGCUUUAACUGAGGAGCUUUAUAUCUAAGAAACACACACACAAAAAAAAAGAAACUCGAGUGUUUCUUAGCUGUUGGUUAGCAUAAAGUUGGAAAAGAAAAGGUAACUGGAACACAUGGAAAAGAGAGUAAAGGGAAAUCAUGAUGAGAUGGGCAGGGGCAAUGCAGGGUCAAUCCUGUGUUAAUAUUUCAUAUGCCAAAAGUUUUUGUGCUAUUGUAAUUGCUGCCAGUGUUAUACCCUCCUGUAAGGAGAGGCAAUAAAUCAGGGGUCCAAGAGCUGGAAUCAAGUUGUUUGUCUUGCUGGACAGUAGCUGACUUACAAUUACCCUCUCUAGGACUCACUAUAUUUACCAUUAUUGUUGAAGAAGAGUUGAAGUUUGCUGUCACUUCUUUCAUUUGAAAAGUUGGAAGCUUGGAAGAUUUCUUAUUGAAAAUUGUAUACAUAGUUGACCUGUGCAUAGUCUUUUCUUGGACCCCUGAUCUAGUAUUCUUGUAUUCACAUCAUAUUCUGUGACGUGAAAAGCAAAAGAACACGUAAUUUUUGCAUUAAAAAAGUCAAGUGAAUAAUAUGGCUGGAAUGUGUCAUGCUGGGAGUUUUCAUUUGUGUUAUGGCUGUGCAAUGUGAAAUGUGGUAACAUCUUCCUUGUGGUAAGAAUUCUUCAACUUCUGUUCAGUUAAAUAUUAUUUUUGCCAAAAAUAGUUAUUGGUUCAGGUUGUGUAACAUUUAGAAUUGGCUGUGGGUUCCAUUCAUGCUGUGAGUUUUUAUAGAUGUUUAACAGAAUGUAUCUUUACAGCCAUUAAUUAAAAUAUCUGAGAUAGUUUUGCUCAAGACUUAAGUUCUAGAUGCCCCUUUAGUCCUUCACCAUGAAAUCAGAUAACCUUGGACUCAGGUUUUCAAAGUUUUACACACCAUGGAAGUGCUGAUGCAUGAAUAAUGGCAAGCAAGCAUCUAAUGCUUAACAAUUGUCAGUAUGUUGUUCAGAAAAUCUCCAGGUUCUGCCAGUAGUGCUAUUUUACAAGUACCUAUCUCAGCCCCACCCAGCACUAAAGGCAGUUGUCCUAAAGUUUGGAUUUAGUCUCUAAAGCGAUGUUUUCAUUGUAAGCAGUGGCAAAGUGUGCACAAAAACUUUAGUAAUUGCUGAAAUAAUGUUCAGUUUGGGCGAGGUAAAUAAUACAGCUGAGCUAACUUGUUAAUGGCUACUGCACUAAAGCUGUAUCAGUGUGAAUGAGCAGGGCUCUUUUUAAAAGAGAGGUUUCCUUGAAAUAAAUGCUUGCAUUUCAAAAAUUCCUUUAGACCUUUUUCCUCAAAGUAGGAAUAGUUAUUGACUGAUUUUGUUUUAUAAAAGGGAGUACUUAGAAGCUGAUAGGUCUACAUUGUCUGAAAUUAAUCGCUUGGGUUUGCUUCUCCAAGCUUUGCAUUUUGUGUACUUUUUUCACAAACUUUCUGAAUGUUCCCGAAGCAAAACCUGGGUUAUAUUUGUAUUGUGAAGUGAUGUUGAAGGCACACAGAUAAGGCAACCUUACAAAUCACCUCAAGGAUGCAAAAUAUUGAAGUUAGUUAUGGUUCUUAAAUCACUUUUCAAAUGACAGGCAAAUAAGUCUGGGCUUUGAAGCACAAACUGAUAAAUUUUCUCACUUUAUGUAUAGCAACAUUUAAUUUAAAAAGAGAAUUCAAUUGUGUUGCCAGUACAAGGGCAUGCCCUACUAUGCGCACUGCUCAAAGGACUUAAAAAAUGAGAAUGUGACAAUUCAAAUAAGCAGUACUAUGAUAUUUUGAUUCCUAUGUCCCAUAACUACUGAGGCAAUGUUUACUUGAUUUACUUAACUCAGUUUGCCAUGCAAUAUUUGCCUCUGCAUGUUAAUUUUCUUUUUAGUUUCUAAUUAAUGCAUAUUUAACACCAUUCUGUGAGACACCCAGAUAGAAGAAAACAAGAUAAACCACUACCCAUAGCACACCCAAACAAACCCACCCUACCUGACACUUGUCCCCUUCCUUGUCUCACAUUUAUAAAUUGAGAUGACUCAUUAUUAUUUGACCUGGUGAAGAUAAAGUACGUUUCAGGGCAACAGAAUCCUGGGAAAUUAAUCUGGUCAGGCUCUGGGGGAGAGGAUUGUAAAAGUAUUCUUCAACAAAUUAUGGUAUCUUUCAAUGGAAGAUGAUCUUGGCUUGAAAGGAAAGCAUACUUAACUUUCUCAUCAAGACACAUUUGACAACCACCAGCAAGCAAAAUAAUAAGAGGCAGUGAGAGACCAUCUGCCAGUACCAGAAGAGCAGUGGCUUAUUUGGUGUUACAGAAUCUAUCGUAGUUGAAUCUCUUCUGUUGCUUAUGUUCAGGGCAUGCUUCUAGAUAAGAAGACUAAUGGCAUGAUUGCUCAUGAGAUAAAUACACAAAUGGUUCUCGGUCGAUAAAAGGGGCUAUGUACAAUUUUAGUCUAAAAUGUUACUUUCUCCUUCCCAAUGGAAGGAAGGUGAUCACACGUACAUCAUUGCAUCUUACUGUGCUAUUGGUGGUGCACCUUUUGUACAGCAAAGUGUAUUGAAAUCCUUGCAGGGAAGCACCCCUGGUUUUUUCACUAGCAUUUUAGUUGUGUGAAAUUUUUUAGAGUGUUUGGAAAACUAUAAAAUACAAUUGAGCUAUUACUUUUUUUUUAAUGAAAGUAAGAAACUACCUGCUGCUACCUAUCUGUUUAUAUGUAGUGUGUCUCAUUAGGAACUGCAAACUGAAGAAGCUUUUCUUCACUUUAGUCCUGCCAAAUCAUAACUUUUGAAUCCUGGUAUGUGUAAAUAUGUCUGUAUUCCAAAUCAGUCUAAAAGUGUUACACCACAGGCAUCUCCAGUGAUUUGUUCUUCAGCAAACAGUCAGUUAUAAAGUAUAGUAAUAUAUAGCUGUGUUCCUUGUCUGUCUUUAUGCAAAGUUUUUGUGCCUGAGGUGGUCCUUGAAUGGCAGGUGAUACUGGAAAGCUACAUCCAAAGGAGGAUUUUUGGAAGCAAGUUCAUUUUCUUUUUUUAUUCCUUUCAGUUUUCCUUUUAUUUUCCUUUCUAUGUUUUGG